UUUUUUUCCCCAAUUUUUUAUUAGGUGUUUUCUUACUUUACAUUUCAAAUGCUAUCCCGAAAGUCCCCUAUACCCUCCCCCGCCCUGUUCCCCUACCCACUCACUCCCACUUCUUGGCCCUGGUGUUCCCCUGUACUGAGGCAUAUAAAGUUUGCAAGACCAAGGGGCCUCUCUUCCCAAUGAUGGCCGACUAAGCCAUCUUCCGCUACAUAUGCAGCUAGAGACAUGAGAUCUGGGAGUACUGGUUAGUUCAUAUUAUUGUUCCAACCUAUAGGGUUGCAGACUUAACUUUCCAAAUGGAACGCCAGCUGUCCCAAUGCUGUUCGUUACAUUGGAAAACGUUUUCACCCUCCACCAGCUCACAUGUAUACUACUCAAACUCCGUUCCCCUCUGCAUACCCAGGGGAAGUGGCGUGGGCGCUCUGUCACCAGCAGAGGCAGUGGAGGGUUAUCCAGGACUUCUCAUAUGGCCAGGAUAACCUGAGACCCCGCCCUCGGGGGCGAGGAAGAGAGGCCGAGACUCCGCCCCCGAGAGGAGAAAAGUGCCCGCCCAGUACGAGGCGAAGCCCCGCCUACGGGCCCAGGCUACUCUAAGGUCUGGGAAACCACUGGGGCUUUCUAUGAGAGUAGUUCAAAUAAGAAUCCUCGGGCGUUAUUUGCAUAGAACUGGGGCUUCCGAUGGGAAGCCAAAAGCAUCCUAGAGGGCGUCUCGUUUGCAUAGAGCAGACACCACUUCCUCUCUCCUCCUUCCGCCUUCUUUCAUGACCCUGCCUUCCUUCGUUCUGCGGCUUCCUGUGCUUCCAGAGUUGGUGCCCAGAUGCUUCCGAAGCGACGGCGAGUGCGAGCUGGGUCCCCACACAGCGCGGUAGCCUCUUCCACGCCGCCCUCGGUGGUGCGCUUCCCGGAUGUGGCCAUCUACCUUGCGGAGCCGCGAAUGGGCCGCAGCCGCCGGGCCUUCCUCACCCGCCUGGCGCGGUCCAAAGGCUUCCGCGUCCUAGAUGCUUACAGGUGUGCGGCUCCCGGGAGGCCCCGAUGGUGGUGGGAUGCCAUCCCCCUCCGGGAGCUGGUGUAAUUGUGCCCGUCACCCCAGGGUAGGGACUUACUGUGGCCCAGGGCGGGAGCUGGCGCGCAGCUGUGACAGCAAGCAGCACCUGCGGCUUUGGGUUCCAAGCCAGCCUCGGUACUUCGCGGUUGCGGUACGGUCUCCAACCCGGAGUUCCUCUUUUUGAAAGGAUGCCAUCGAGUCAGAGGCUUCUUAAAGAGCUAUAAAAGAAAGAAUGCUCAAAGGUGACACAUGUGGUGAUGGAAGGGACCUCAGCCAAGGAGGCCAUCUGCUGGCAGAAGAACAUGGAUGCUCUCCCCACAGGCUGCCCACAGCCAGCUCUGCUAGAUAUUAGCUGGUUUACAGAAAGCAUGGCAGCUGGGCAGCCUGUCCCUGAGGAGGGCCGGCACCACCUGGAGGUAGCUGAGCCCAGGAAGGAGCCCCCAGUCUCAGCGUCGAUGCCAGCUUAUGCCUGUCAGCGCCCCUCACCUCUCACACACCAUAACACUCUCCUCUCAGUAAGCUGCAUCUAUGAGCAGAUCCUCACCCAGAGAGCGGGACAUGGGUAGAGCUGGUUGCUAUCUGGCAAGAGCGGCCUCGGUGCUCAAGUCCCUGCCCUGCCCUGUUGCAUCUUUGAGCCAGCUGCAUGGGCUGCCCUACUUUGGAGAACAUUCCACUAGAGUAAUCCAGGAGCUGCUGGAGCAUGGAACAUGUGAAGAAGUGAAACAAGUCCGUUGCUCAGAAAGGUACCAGACCAUGAAGCUCUUCACCCAGGUCUUCGGGGUUGGGGUGAAGACUGCCAACCGGUGGUACCAGGAAGGACUACGAACCCUGGAUGAGCUCAGAGAGCAGCCCCAGAGACUGACACAGCAGCAGAAAGCAGGGCUCCAAUAUUACCAGGACCUGAGCACUCCAGUUAGGCGAGCUGAUGCCGAGGCUCUGCAGCAGUUGAUAGAGGCAGCUGUGAGACAGACCCUGCCCGGAGCCACUGUCACACUGACUGGCGGUUUCCGAAGGGGGAAGUUACAAGGCCAUGAUGUAGACUUCCUUAUCACCCACCCAGAGGAGGGGCAAGAAGUAGGGCUGCUGCCCAAAGUGAUGAGCUGCCUACAGAGCCAGGGACUCGUCCUGUAUCACCAGUACCACCGCAGCCAUUUGGCAGACUCAGCCCACAACCUGCGGCAGCGGAGCUCCACCAUGGAUGCUUUUGAGAGGAGUUUCUGCAUCUUGGGUUUGCCACAACCCCAACAGGCAGCUUUAGCGGGGGCCCUGCCUCCCUGCCCAACUUGGAAAGCUGUGAGGGUAGAUCUUGUGGUCACGCCCAGCAGCCAGUUCCCCUUUGCCCUUCUGGGCUGGACUGGCUCCCAGUUCUUUGAGCGGGAGCUACGGCGGUUCAGCCGUCAAGAGAAGGGGCUGUGGCUUAACAGCCAUGGGCUGUUUGAUCCUGAGCAGAAGAGAGUUUUCCAUGCAACUUCUGAGGAAGAUGUUUUCAGACUCCUGGGCCUCAAGUACCUUCCUCCAGAGCAGAGAAAUGCCUGAACUGAGAAAUGCCUGUGGGCUGCCACACCCAUCCAUACAAAAAUGAGGGGCUGCCUCUUGCUUGACCAGGAAUGUUUCUAGACAGGAACACUGCCACCCCAUGGCCUCACCUGUGCAAAUGGAGUUUUCACCUCCUGGGACAUUAGUAGAGUGUGACCCCGAGUCAACUCAGCUUUCAACCUCCACACACCUCGCAGUCAGGGGCCUUUAGCAGUUCAUACAUCACGGACCUAUGUCAGAGCCUGAAGUCUUGGUUCUGGGCCAGCUGUGGUUGCUGUGUCUGCUGCAGAGUACUCCGUUCUGCGUGCCAGAAAAGAGAGACCUAUGUUCCCGCCCUGGGCUUGAUAUGGGAAGUGUCAUUCCAGCAGUGAGGUGUUGUGCAGAAGUAAGACGCCUGAGUGCCUGCUGCAGUAGGAGGUGGCCCAGGACAGCAACCUCCAGUGCUGGUGCUGUUGGCACCACCACCCGAAGACAUGGGUACCUGUACCAGACUUCAUAAGCAGCUCAUCUCCAGAAUCGGCCCCACAUGUGUCCUCUCUCUGUAGCUACCAAUCCCCCGCAUUCCAGCCUAGGCUAAGCCGGGCCUGCCUACCCACAAUCUCCUGUGCAGCCUCAGCCCCUGCAGUACCUUCUGGGAAGGCUGGUUUCCUAGCACAGAGACUGUAGCUCAGCAGCAUCAGUGGGCAGCAGCAGAGCGCUCUUCCUUCUUAUCCUGAGAUUGUGAGCUGCGUGGUCCCUGGUCCUGCUCCUCUGCUCUGCCACGUCUAACUGCCCUGCAGCAGUUUCGAACCUGCAAUCCUUAUGCAGGCCUGUGACCCUGCAGUCCUCAGGCAGGCCCUGUGACUCUGGUGUUUCUGUUAUCUCUUCCAGUCUCAGCUGUACCCCUCCAGAUAAGCCUUCCCCCACUUACCCAGUUCACUCCUGGUCCCUGUUUCCCAGCUCUUUGUGACCAACUUCUUCACCUUCUCUGGGCUGGAAGCACUAAAGUGUCACAGUGUCUUUGUAUCUCCAAGUGUCGAGACCUAUAAAGUCCCUUUCCUUCCUGUACACUUAGUGCCCACUGUCCCUGCCUCCUUCAGGGCCUGACAGAUGCGGGCCUCCUAGAUCAGUCAGCAGAUUAACAAGUAUUUUUAAAAUUAACAUUCAAUAAAGUGGAUUAUUUUUUUGGA